UUGUAAGUGUUUUUACGUAUGUGCCGUGAGUAGAAUUUUAGAAAAAAUCAUUUUGAUGGACAUAUACAUUUUAAAGUUUGAAUCGUAACGCGUGUUUCACGAUUAUCAAAUAAGCAUUUUAGUACAAGUUCAGUGCUUUUUAAAAUACCAUAAAUAUUAACGGAAAACGAAAUCUAAGGGAUCGAAAUAUUUAUUCCUAUCCCGACUACAAUUAUUUGUGUCACAGGAACUUAAGAGAUCCCAGAAGCUAGACACCUGUCAAAGGUGUUGUAGUAGCUAUGCAAAUGUGGCUUAUCAAAGAUUUAGCAGCAUGGACCUAAAUGGUUGCGUUUGUUAAUCGUUGACACCUUCACUUGUUGCUAUGAUUACGGCAAACAGUCUGUUUACAAAAGAAUUAGAAAGAAUAAAUUUUGCCAUCAUGUAUACAACUUCAUUGGAAAUCUUGAACAGUAAUUAAGGAAAGCUAAGGAUAUACUGAAUAAUCGAACAUUCGUCGAUCGACUUACUUUUAAUUAGUGUAAAGACAAGUAAUGAAGCCCCGUUAUAAGCCAAUAGAUCGACCAGAAUGCGAAGAUACAUGGUUCUGCUAUUUUGUUGCUCCAAAAGGACAAGGUCAGCCGAGUGCUAUAGCUAAACCUCUAUCUCAAGUCCCUGACUUGAAUCAGGGGCGAAAAAGUACCACCAGCGGGACAGAAAACCGUAGAACACAAGUCAGAGGAGCAGCAAAUCCAAAUGAUUCCAAUUAUAUUCAUCUAGCAAAGGCUGGUGGAAGGAAAAAUUUGCUGACCUUCACUGAAUCGAAAGCAAAAGGACCAGUGCCUUAUCCCAUGCCAGAGUGGUACUAUGAUAACUUUCCCGAUCAUGAUAGCAACACUGUGAAAAGAGAUUCAACGACAAGGUAUCCACAGAGACCAGACUGGAUGACACAUCUUGAGUAUGACCAAACGACAUAUCAGCACAAAACGCCUUACCACGCUAGCCGUGGAAUCAUCGCUUGGGACAAGAUGUCUGCUUGGAAACGGGAAGAGUUCGAUAAAAGGAUGCAACAGAAAGCAAAGGCAACAUACGAAAAGAAGCGAAGAGAAGAAAGACAAGAGCGCAAGAAGAAACACGACGUAUAUUCAAAAGUAAAUAGUACUGGAUUAACCGAAGGAGCAAGAGUUAGGCUUCCUAAAAUCGAACCAAAAAACCUUCCAGGGAUGAGAAAACUAUCCGGUGCUGAUCUUAAGGUACAUUGGUAUGAAAAAUGGUACAUCACUAAUCGUGCUUAAGAAGACGCGGCAUUUCUGUCCGACUUGUAGUUCUCAGCCUCACAUUGUCAAUGGCUCAAGUAUGGAAGAGAAAGAAUUGUAAUGUCUUUAGAUGCAAUGUAAAUGGCUGAGAGCGUUUGACUAUUCCGAAAGCACGCAAACGAACUAUCCUAAUCUCCCUAAUCUAUAACAUGUAAUGCUUAAUAAUAAUCGACCUCACCUACAAUAUCAUAUUUAAAAGAAAAGUCUGUGGCUUUAUGGAUUAGUCUUAACUGAAUUCUACGUAUAUUGUAGUUUCUGAAUCACUAAGAAGGUAUUAUGGCAUUCUUGUGUACAUUUCUCCUGAUGAUGUUUGAGCAACUAAUGUAUUUUGUUUUUGUUUUUUAGUGUUAGUUCCUUCCCAAAGCGGCUCAAUAUAACUGAGUGGCAAACGAAAUCUAACGGUUUAUUAUAUUUUUAUUGCUAUCUUAAGCCUGGUUCACACGGUGUCAUAAUCAUAAUCAUAAUCGUAGUCGCAAUUAUAACGAACAGCGCGUGUGAACCGUAGCGUCAUAACCAUAAGCACAGGCGUAAGCACGAUCAUAAGGAAUGGAAACGUUCCGAUUCUCUUACGAUUACGAUUAUGAUUAUGACCUUAUUUCAUACGUGUGAACCGUACAAACUGAGUCAUAAUUAUAAGCCGGGUGAGACAUGAACGUAUAUGUGGACAAUUUGAUCAGCGGAUAUACUGUGGAAAACCAACAUUUUGAAAAUUAUUAAGCAAUUCCGCUGUCCGGAGCACUCGCAGGCGGUUCGAAACUCACUACUGCGCAUGUUUAUUUUUCGUUCCUUAUGAUUACGAUUAUGAUAUGAUGCCGUGUGAACCAGGCCUAAGCCUUGUUCACACUAUCGUCGUAAUCGUAAUCAGAAUCGUCAUCGCAAUCAUAAGCAUCGUAAGGUGCUUUGUAAGGCCUGGUUCACACGGCGUCAUAAUCAUAAUCGUAAUCAUAAGGAACGAAAAAUAAAACCCCAGGAUAAAGCUAACUCUUUACAAUUUAUGAUUAUCUUGAAUCAAAUAAAGCAAAGUGAAGAUUUCUCUAUGCA